GUCGCACGCAGCUCCAGGCGGGGCAGCCCGAGCGCUGAGGGACGCGGCCAGACCUCGGCGGGCCCCGCGAGCACUACACGCCGUCACCCGAGCGUCGAGGGGCGCCCGGAGAUGCUGGUUUGCCUGCAAUGAGACUUCACUCUCUACACUUAAAGAACAUUCUUUCUGAGCUGCUGUGAAUAAAUUUGUAAUGAUAUUGUCUAUUUUCAACUAAUGGAGAACUAGCUGUAUCUUGAACAAGGAUUGCUGUAUUGGACAACUUCAAAACAUUGCUCACAAUGUCAUCAAACAGGAGUCAGAAUCCUCAUGGACUGAAGCAGAUUGGUCUUGACCAGAUCUGGGAUGACCUCAGAGCUGGAAUUCAACAAGUGUACACCAGACAGAGCAUGGCCAAGUCCAGAUACAUGGAACUCUACACUCAUGUCUAUAACUACUGUACUAGUGUGCAUCAGUCCAACCAAGCCCGGGGUGCUGGAGUCCCUCCUUCCAAGUCAAAAAAGGGACAAACUCCUGGGGGAGCUCAGUUUGUUGGCUUGGAGUUAUACAAGCGAUUAAAGGAGUUUUUGAAGAAUUACCUGACAAAUCUUCUUAAGGACGGAGAAGAUUUAAUGGAUGAGAGUGUACUGAAGUUCUACACUCAGCAAUGGGAAGAUUACCGAUUCUCCAGCAAAGUGCUGAAUGGAAUCUGUGCCUACCUCAAUAGACAUUGGGUUCGCCGUGAAUGUGAUGAAGGACGAAAAGGAAUAUAUGAAAUCUAUUCACUUGCGUUGGUGACAUGGAGAGAUUGUUUGUUCAGGCCAUUGAAUAAACAGGUAACAAAUGCUGUUUUAAAACUGAUUGAAAAGGAAAGAAAUGGCGAAACCAUCAAUACAAGACUGAUUAGUGGAGUUGUACAAUCUUAUGUGGAAUUGGGGCUGAAUGAAGAUGAUGCAUUUGCAAAGGGCCCUACGUUAACAGUGUAUAAAGAAUCCUUUGAAUCUCAAUUUUUGGCUGACACAGAGAGAUUUUAUACCAGAGAAAGUACUGAAUUCUUACAGCAGAACCCAGUUACUGAAUAUAUGAAAAAGGCUGAAGCUCGCUUGCUUGAGGAACAGCGGAGAGUUCAGGUUUACCUCCAUGAGAGCACACAAGAUGAACUAGCACGGAAAUGUGAGCAGACACAUAUUCAUAAUCAGGGUCUUGCAGCAAUUGAGAAGUGUGGAGAAGCUGCUCUAAAUGACCCCAAGAUGUAUGUGCAGACAGUGCUGGACGUUCAUAAGAAGUACAAUGCCCUGGUCAUGUCAGCAUUCAACAAUGACGCUGGCUUCGUAGCCGCACUUGAUAAAGCUUGUGGUCGCUUCAUAAACAACAAUGCGGUUACCAAAAUGGCCCAGUCAUCCAGUAAAUCCCCUGAGCUGCUUGCUCGGUACUGUGACUCCUUGUUGAAGAAAAGUUCCAAGAACCCAGAAGAGGCAGAACUAGAAGACACCCUCAAUCAAGUGAUGGUGGUCUUCAAGUACAUCGAGGACAAAGAUGUAUUUCAGAAGUUCUAUGCAAAGAUGCUUGCCAAGAGACUGGUACAUCAAAACAGUGCGAGUGACGAUGCUGAAGCAAGCAUGAUCUCCAAGUUAAAGCAAGCUUGUGGUUUUGAGUACACUUCCAAACUUCAGCGAAUGUUUCAAGACAUUGGUGUAAGCAAAGAUCUGAAUGAACAGUUCAAAAAACACCUGACGAAUUCAGAACCGCUGGACCUGGACUUCAGUAUUCAGGUCCUGAGUUCCGGAUCGUGGCCCUUUCAGCAGUCUUGCACGUUUGCCUUGCCGUCAGAGUUGGAGCGCAGUUAUCAGCGAUUCACAGCUUUCUACGCCAGCCGUCACAGUGGCAGAAAACUGACAUGGUUGUAUCAACUGUCCAAAGGAGAACUAGUCACUAACUGCUUCAAAAACAGAUAUACUUUGCAGGCGUCCACAUUCCAGAUGGCAAUCCUGCUUCAGUACAACACAGAAGAUGCCUAUACUGUGCAGCAGUUGACUGACAGCACUCAAAUUAAAAUGGACAUUUUGGCACAAGUCCUACAGAUUUUACUGAAGUCGAAAUUGCUGGUCUUAGAAGAUGAAAAUGCCAAUGUUGAUGAGGUGGAAUUGAAGCCAGACACCUUAAUAAAGUUAUAUCUUGGUUAUAAAAAUAAGAAAUUGAGGGUUAAUAUCAAUGUACCAAUGAAAACUGAACAGAAGCAGGAACAAGAAACCACACACAAAAAUAUAGAGGAAGACCGCAAACUACUGAUUCAGGCGGCCAUCGUAAGAAUCAUGAAAAUGAGGAAGGUCCUGAAACACCAGCAGUUACUUGGUGAAGUCCUCACUCAGCUGUCCUCAAGGUUCAAGCCUCGGGUCCCAGUGAUCAAGAAAUGCAUUGAUAUUCUCAUCGAAAAAGAAUAUUUGGAGCGAGUCGAUGGUGAGAAGGACACCUACAGUUACUUGGCUUAACCCAUCUAGCAGGGUCUACGUGACCCACAAGCAGAUAGUUCCAGUGAAUGAAAUGGAAACAACUCAAGUUCAUAGCAGCCAGCCUGCCGCCAUUUGGACCUUCCUUUUUAAAGCUGAGACCACAGUUCCCACCAGCUGUUCUCAGGCUACAGCAGGACUGCUCAGGACUGACACAUUUCAGUCUGUAAACAGACGCCAAGGCCAUUUACCCUAACUCACAGAGGGGAACCGAACCUUCCAUGCUGAGGCUGCAUGCUACCGCACUUAAAUCAAUACAUUGGCUCCCUGGUUAACAGCUGUCAUCUGAGGCAGCACACGAGAGUGAGUCUGAAUGGACCCACGUGUAAUCUGCUAUGAAAACCAUUUGUAUAGUGUGUUUCAUUUUUUUAAUGUGUGAAAAUAAAGAAAAUUAAAGGAUUUCUGUACAAGUUG